AAGUGGGUGGGGUAUGUAUGUACCUCAGAACACAAGUUAGUUCAACUUCCUGGACUUCCGUCCUUCUUUUUGACUCAGUUUGUCAGUUUUGUUAUUUUCUCCUUUAAUUUCAAUGUCCGCUGAUCUAUUAAACUCAGCGCAUGGCUCUCAAGGACAGUGUAUCUACAGCACAGUGGGUCACAGUGCAGGUGCCCCAGGAGGCAAAGCUGAUGCUCACACAGAGACAGAGAAAAGGGGACAAAGCUCCCACCCCUACUGGCUGGCUGCAGUGUGUCUGCUGUGUGCUCUCUUUAUUGCUAGCACAAUAGCCCUGGGUGUCCUCUACAAGAAGGAGACAAAGUGUGAGUGUACGGAGUGCUCAAAUAUGGUGAGAGAACCGAACAAUGACAGCAGAGGGAUUGAAGAAGAGAGGAUGAAGAUCAACACAGCUUUCCUUUCAGUGUUAGGGAAAAAGUACCAACUUCUGGAUAAAUACUGCCCUGUAAUUUCAAACGAGAGAGUGUGCAAGCCCUGUCCACAGGACUGGGAGCAGUUCUACUCCAAGUGUUACUACUUCUCCAGGGAGGAGAAGAGCUGGAUGGACGGUCACAGUGACUGCAAUAAGCAGGGAGCUGACCUGGUGGUAAUAAAGAGUGAAGAGGAGCAGGGGUUCAUCACCAACAGAACAAGAGAGCACCCAUACUGGAUUGGAUUGACUGACUUAGAAACAGAGGGCACCUGGCUCUGGGUAGACAAAACCUUGCUGCAGAAAGGGUUCUGGAGAAGUGGAGAACCGGAUGAUCAUGACUGGUCUGGGAAUGAAACCCAGAGCAAAGAAAAAGAUGCAGACUGUGCAGUUACCGUACCUAAUGAGAACACGUGGCAAGAUACCCGCUGUUUUUCUCGUUUCAAGUUUGUCUGUGAGACUGGCGCUCUUUUGUUCUAAACAGUCUGCCAUGCUGGAUGAUGUCAUUAUCAUGACUUGGAACCAUCAGGUGGUAAGUCAGUAUGUGACUUGAAUGUUGGCCUACUAGAAAUGCUUUUCUCAAUCGCUUUGGCCUAAUUCCUGCAACAUUGUUGUCAUGUUCUCUUAACUAUAGGAGCAUUUGCCAAAACAUUUUAUGUCCAUUUUAUGUCCAAAUGAAUUCACAAUAACCGUCACAGUUUAUGUUUUAAGCUGAACUUUAAGCGGAAAUAGCAUGAAGAAUUACAAUAUUGCACAAUUGCACACCUGUUUUCUCUUCAGAAUGUUCAUAUGAUUGAUGACACCAUGGACCGGCCCGCAUUAGGGUGUAAGACCAUGGUUGAUUACAUACAACAACAUACACAAAGAGUAGUUGCACAGAUUGUUUGAGAGUAAGACUGUUCAACAGGAAAACACCUUAAUCUGUUCUGAUCAGCAAGACUUAUGCCAUUGAACAUUGCGCCAAUUGUAACUGUGAUCUAUGGGUGCACCUACUGUACGUUUCACUGAAACCAGAGCGAGAGUUCUUCUGUUUGUUUCAUCUUCAAUUUGUAUCACAAAUAAAUGCCUUUUUUUAAAUUGGAUUUUAAAAA